CUCUCACCUCUCCCUCCAUCCCGGGUACGCUCACUCUCCUUUGGGCUGGAAAGAGACCCUGCGCCCGGAAGCGUUCUUUAUAAUAACAACAGGCAAAACGAUCUGUUAACAAAUCAAUGCAAUUAUAUCCCCAAUUUAAAUUCCACUGGACUACAGAACAGGAUCUGUUGACUUCCAAGUACAUGUUUGACGCAGACCAAUGAGGUUACAGAGGGUGGGGCCAUGGAUGACCACAUCACCAGACUGGCAAUCCACUCCCAGGAGCCGAAAAUUAUACUACAUGGAGGAGAUGACGUCGGCCCAGCCGGGGAGUCCGACAGCUUCGUUGUGGAGCUCCAAGUGUCCUCCUCCCGCGCCGGUUCUGUCGUUGACGACGGAGAUCUCCAUAACGACAGCGUAGUGGAGGAUGACGACAUUGAUCAGCUGGUGAUCCAAGACUCCGCUGAGGACGUAGUCCAGUACGACGAAGAUGCGGAGGAUGACGAGGUUGCCAUGGACACCUGCGUGGUGCAGAUGGGGGAGGACGAGGAGGAUGAGGCGGUCGCUGUGGCGCGGGUCGUCAGGGGCAACGGUGAGGGAGAGAGUGAGGGGAGAGAGAUGGCGGAGGAUGAGGAGGGCUGUGGAGACUACCUGAUGAUCUCACUGGAUGAGGCUGGUAAAAUGGUGUCAGGUGAGGAGGAGGGGUCAGCGGUGGUUGCCGCAGACGACAAGAGUGAUGGACAGGAAGUCAUCAAGGUCUACAUCUUCAAGGCAGAUGACACGGGAGAGGACAUGGGUGACACAGAGGUUGUGGGGGAUGAGGAGCCGUCCUCUGGUGAGAAGAUGGUCUACAUGUCUGUCGGGGACAGCAACCACAGUGACUCCAAGCUCUCAGAGGAAGUGUACAUGGAAGUUGUUGUUGGAGGGGAGGAGGCUAAUGUAACCGCCAAUCAUGGUCGCUGCUAUGACAACACUGCCCUUAGCAAAGAGUUCACCCCGGCGACAUGGGCAUCUGCAUAUGACUCCCUAGCAGAGCCCCGUAAUGGUGCUGCUAGCGCCUUCCUGCACAUGGAGGACCCGAUGGGAGGAGCUAAUAAAGGCAGCAGGAGGAGAACAGAGCCGAGACAGGUGCAGACGGCCAUCAUCAUCGGGCCGUACGGUCAGCCCCUGACAGUGUACCCCUGCUUCCUGUGUGGAAAGAAGUUCAAGUCCCGCGGGUUUCUACGGCGACACCAGCGGACACAACAUCAGGAGCUCCUCACCAAGAGCAGGAAGAAGGUCCCGCCCAGUACCCCUCCCGACUCGUCGUCGUUGGCGCCGGCGUUCAGCUGCGAGACGUGCGGCCAGAGCUUCGCCCAGCAGCCCGCGCUCUUCACGCACCGCCUGCAGCACCACCCGCCCGAGGCUCCGCCCAGUCCGCCCGCCGGCCCGCCGGCCUCCGACGCCGACGCCAACGCCAACGUCGCCAAAACGUUGCAGUGCCGCUACUGCGCCUUCCGCGCCUCGGACGCCGCGCUGCUGCAGCGCCACCUGCAGGGGGCGCACAACCGCAGCUUCCCGCACACCUGCGCCGAGUGUGGCAAAGGGUUCCGCCACCCGUCCGAGAUGCGCAAGCACGCGCGCACGCACACCGGCGAGCGGCCGUUCCGCUGCCCGCAGUGCUCCUACAAGGCGGCCGACGCCUCCAACCUGAAGACGCACAUGAAGAGCAAGCACGGCACCCAGGAGCCGCCCUUCAGAUGUGAGCAAUGCAGUCAGACGUUUGCUGAGGAGGACGAGCUGAGUCGUCACGUGUCCCUGUCGCACCCGUCAGCGGAACCCGGCCGAGGUCCCGUGUCCUCCACGCCCGCGGCGACGGUGCCGCACCAGUGCCCGCACUGCGACCACCGCAGCUCCAACUCCAGCGACCUGAAGCGCCACGUCAUCUCCUGCCACACCAAGGAGUACCCGCACGUGUGCGAGGCCUGCGGCAAGGGCUUCCACCGGCCCUCGGAGCUCAAGAAGCACGAGGCCACCCACAAGGCGUCGCCCGGGGUGCCGGGAGCGGCCCCCGCCGCCAAGAAGCUCCACCAGUGCCGCCACUGCAGCUUCAAGAUCGCCGACCCCUUCGUCCUGAGCCGCCACAUCCUGUCGGUCCACACCAAGGAGUCCGGCGGAAGCGCCCAGGGCGACGACGUCGACGCCGACGGGCCGUCGUCGCCCACCUCCGCGGAGCAGCUGUCCCCGCCGCUGUUGUCCCCGGCGACGGAGGCGUCGCCGGCCAAAGCGAGCGGCAACAAGAAGUCGCCGUCCUCCGUGAAGAAGUCUGGCGGCCUGAGCAGCGGUGGUGGUGGUGGUGGCGGUGGUAAUAAGGCGCGGGUGGUGGCGGCGCAAGUGCCUCGAGAGCGCCGCGUCUACCAGUGCCAGUACUGCGACUACAGCACCGGAGACGCCUCCGGCUUCAAGAGGCACGUCAUCUCCAUCCACACCAAGGACUACCCACACCGCUGCGAGUACUGUUCUAAAGGGUUCCGCAGGCCCUCUGAGAAGAACCAGCACAUUGCCCGCCACCAUAAGGACGUGGUUCAGCCCAGUAGUUAAGGACCCAGUCCCGGAACGCUCCUUUAGAACUCUAGAGUCGUCGGAAGAGAGAGAGAGAACGAUCCUGUUGAACUGUAGAAUGGUCUGACAAGGGAGGGGGGGGGCCUCACGGAACCUGAAGGAACAUUCUGGGAGUUUUCAUGCAGAUGUCCGUCAGCUACAGCUUUUCUAGAUACUGUACUCAAUCAGCUCUUGCAUCACAAGGUCAUGACCUUUUGACCAGCGUUCUGGUCAGCUGAUUUUUCCCGUCAGGGUAAAAGGAGUUUAAACACCUGUGGAACAAUUGGUGAUGAAAUCUCAGCCACUGGGCAGAGUAGGAAUGACACACACCAGAUACCCCCCCCCCCCCAAGGCAAGUCGGGGGGGUUGAGGUUGGGAUUGGGGUUAGACUUAAGGGAGAAUAUGUUGUCUAAGUUCUUUAUGUAAAAGUUUAUCUAGCUUGAAUUUAGAAAUGUCAACAACAUCAACUAGGGCUGGGUAUUGUUCCACAUGUUUCUAUACCAGCGCUGAUGAGGUACCGGACGAACACGUAGCUGGUUAUGAUGAGCUAUGAAACAUCAACUGUAAAAAAACACAAGCAAACAAAAGAAAUCUGCACAAAAAGUUCUACAUCCUCCUAUUAUUAUUUUUUAUUGAUGCAGAAUUUCAUUUCAUUUUAUUUUGUGUUUUCUGCUAUCGAUAAAAAGUACUAAUGAGACGAAAGCUUUUUGUGUGGAUUCCCCCCCGCCCCCCAGUAGUUUUUGGACUGUCGACCCUGCACCCAGCACAUUGACUCCUCCCCUAACGUGCAUUUGGUGAAUGGCCACACAGCGACCCUCAGCCCCACCCUCCCCUGCAUGUGUGCCACACCUAGAUGGACACCUAGACGCCUAGGAGGCGGAGUUACAAGGAAGCUACACUGGGUGUGUAACUGAAGCGUUCCAUUCGUAACGCCCUAAAAAACAUUUUACAAGACUGGUCUAUUUUUUUUUUACGUACGCACCGUUAUCAUGUCUGGUGUAGCUACUUCCAUUGAUUAUAGUUGAAGUUAAUUGUUGCAGCAGACGCAACGCGAACGUAACGCUUCAGUUACACGCCUGGUUAGACCUCUGAUCAAACGCCUGCUGAGGGCCUGACCGUUACAGCUGUGCAGUCAGACAGAAAAGCUUUCAGCUCUCAGGCCUACAGGCGCCCGACUCCGUCAGUCACAGUCAGUGGACAGUGGAAGGUCAAGACUGCGACAGCCUUAGCCUACUCGAUAUCUGAGACCCCCAUAGGCUACUCUACAAUCUGUAAAGCUAAUUCCAGCCGUUGUCCACCAACUUCCGUUUAGCUGUCAUACUGGUUCUACAUCAAAUCCAGUCUAGAUGUCAGUGCCAUUUUAGAUCAACUCCAGUUUAGCUGUCGCAGCAGUUCUUGACCAAAUCCAGUGAAGAUGUCAGAGCCGUUCUAGACCUUCUCCAGUUUAGCGGUCAUGGCCGUUCUAGACUUCAGUUUAGCGGUCUCAGGAGUGUGCUCAGCAUGGGUGGUGGUGAGCUGAAAGGAGGUAUCCGUUGAAUUCUGUAGGAUUCGAGUUGUGUUGAACGCACGUUUGCAAAGCCACUCUUCCAUUGACUUGCGUCGUGUUUGAUACGUCGUCACUUGAGGUGCAAUAUCAAAAGAGAGGUCAGGCCUGGCUGGUUAGCAUGCUAACGUUAGUCGAUAUGUAGGCAACACUAGGUAACACUAUCAAAACUGCUAUUUCUUCACUUUCUUUUGCUAUUUUGUCAUUUUUUUAUGUUUUAUACAAAAUGAACUACAGAUGGUCGUCCCUUUAAGGUCACCUGCGGUGCUGCAGUGCUUAUGAUUGGCCCAAUGCUGGAGACUUGCAGCCUCAGCCCUGAUAUGUGGGAAGGAAUGUUGAUCUGAGGGAUCUGAUCUGAGGAAUGUCGAUCUGGACUUGCAUUAGUGUCGGUCAUCCUGCAAGAUCUCGGUGUUAUUUGAAUAGCAAUGUGGAGUUGGGAGUGUCUGUUUAUUUAGCUGCCUCGGUGUUGAAACCUGGUGUUGAAAAACACAGUCCAUUUUUGCACUCUAUGCUAUCUUUACAUGCAGUGUUCGGCCCUCUUAUCCUGGCAGUAGUCACUCCUCUUCCUCCACCUCCUCUUCUUCCUCCUCCUCUUCCUCCUCCUCCUCCUCCUCCACACAUACGUACCCAAUAGGGCCCUUGCUAAUGCAGACUGCAGACGCAUACCACACACACACACACACUACAGGGGAUUAGCUGCCCCUAUGCCUGCGUUUAUGAUGGAUUUGAGUUAUUGGUUCCUGUUUCUGUCCAUGUCUAGGUUGUUGUCCUUUGUCUAUUUUCCCUGCCUUUUUGUUUGAAGCUCAGAGAAUCCUUUUCAAAUGAUUAGAGAUGCACCGAUAUUCGGUUCUUAAGUCCGACGUCACAGGCCCAACAGCUAUUUCGUGAGAAGAUGUUUACUAGCGCAGCCAGGCGGUUUUUGCAACUUGUAAACUUUGUCAUCAUCACCUCCGAUUUAGCAAAUAAAAUCGCUAAACUUUAACAGAGUAAUCACUGUAGCUAUGCAGCCAGAUGAUGGAUUUAAGGGUAACAUCCAGGCUUCCGCAAAAAAAUAGGAUUUGAUUAGGUUGAGGCAACAAGUCAGUAUAAGAUGACAAUUUUCUUAAAGGCUAGUCAGGAAUAGCGGAAAGAAAUUUUUUUAUUUUACUGUCUAUGGAGAAAAACAUGUGAAUCUGAAAGCCGUUGGACCCGGAAAGAGAUUCAUUAUCCCAUUAUUACAUCAUCACUUAAAAAACGAAUAUCGGCCAAUAUCAGUAUCAACAACAGCCCAGAAUUUUCCCAAUCAGUGCAUCCCAACAAAUGAAGUCUGUAGUGGUCAGCAGGAUUGUACCCUGUGGUCAAGGAGUUGGGAAGCUCAUGCGGAACUGUGAGAUGCAUACACCAGAGACUGACAGCAGUCUUAUCAGGUAGAACGUUUAUGUAUACUUAAUCUGUAGGUUUCCAUGUGUGUGUACUUUUGCUUUUUUUUUGCUGGCAAAUUAGUUCUAGCUGCCUCCCACCAACAGACCCAUUUGCCCCAGUCUUUAACCCCAGGGAUUGCUCUCCACCAUUAAUUGCUCCCAGUGACUAAUCCUAGUCUGGGGUCUAGUGAUGUUUCUGGUGUUGGUUCCUAUCGAAGCACUAUGGAGUUGCAACUUCAUCCACAGCGCUGCUGGAUGCUCAACUAGACCAGCAGAGGUCAGGUCUCUGGAGGGACGUUCUACUGCUCUCCUUACUGGUGGACCUCUGAACCUCAGAACUGGUUCCUGACUCUGGUGGACCUAGAACCUCAGAACCGGCUUCUGACCAGCAGCAGCACUGUGGGCUUAGUUCAACGAGGGCGAAUGAAUCCGAAACUCGUGUUUCACCCCAGAUUUACACACAGAUCCAUGGACAUGGUGGCAUCAGCUGUGGCCUGAGAUGGCCUGGGAUUGCUCUGAACUCGUCUGUGUGGACAAGUCAAUCCCAACACAGAUACCCAUUCUGCACUCCAUCCUCCAUCCACUCCCUUGAGUAACUCCUCCCUCCUUAGUGACUCCACCCUUUAGUAGCUCCUCCCUUUCUGUAACCCCACCCCAUUGUGUAACUGCUCCCUCCUAAUUUACUCCACCCUCUUUUGUAACUCCUUCCUCCUCACAAACUCCUCCCUCUCCAGUUAACUCCACCCUCAGUCAUAUGCCCUGAUUAACUCCUCCUUCAGUAACUCCAUCAUCAGCAACCCCACCUUCUUUAGUAUCCCCACCCACAUUUGUAACAGCAUCCUGUGCUAUGACACCACCCGAUGUAUAACCAUGCCCACUUAAACUCCUUCCCCCCAGUCCUCCCCUCCUUCUCCAUGGCUCCGGGUCCCCUGAUGGGAAUUCUAUGACCUCAUGGGCUCAACUGACCACUCUGUCUGUGACCUUAUAGGCUCAACUGACCACUCUGUCUGUGACCUCACAGGGUAAACUGACAGCUCUCUUUGUGACCACAGGCACAACUGACCACUCUGUCUGUGAUCUUACACGCUCAACUGACAAUUUUCUGUGGUGCAAAGCACUCCUGUUCUACCAACACAGACCUGUUUUUAAAUGUGCUCACUCUCUGCUAUCUAAAUCAAAGAUUUUUUUGGGAUGUGUGUGUGUAUGGGGGAGAGAGAGACACCUGGGUCUGGAAGGUGAAAGUAUCAUCUUCCAGACUCAGGUGUGCCUGUCUGUAUUUAUCUUUUGUUGUUUUCCAGUUUUUGUAGAUUUGUGUUGUGCGUGCAGGUAAAUAGCGCUUCCCAGAUAGCAACCUACUCCCUCUUUCACCCUCACUGACUUUCUCUUUCUCUCACACACACAGUCUCUCUCGCUCUCGCUCUCGCUCUCUCUCACUCUCUCUCACUUACCCACUCACACACAUAGAGACAUAACGCAUUUGCACUAAGGAUACUGCUUCCCAAAACAGGUGCUCAGACGAUUGUUUCUAGCGUUUUACCUCCCUUCACCUAAGAAUCGACCCACAGCUGUCAUCAGUCCUGAGUUUAUUUUCUUUUUGUAAGACUAGUCGCUUGCAUCUCUCCACUCUGCAAUCUGUUCUAUAUGUAAGGAUGGUGAAAUAGUCUUCUUUUAAAAACUCAGUCAGCUCCUGCCACCACAGGUACAUGGAGGUUCUUAUAUUUUCUAUAGUCUACUUGGAGUCUGUCUCUGACAUGUCUUGACGUAAACACUUCCACCACCUGUCAGAUUAUUCAAACCAAAAGCCUCUGUAGCGUUGCAGCCUAUCAGGAAAAGGCUUCCGACAAAUGUUUGUUAACAAUUCAAGGUAGUGGCCAAUGAUCUCCAAAUUUAUCCGAUAAUAUACAUGUAUGUGCGAGUCAGCGUCGCUUUGGAUAAAAGUGUCUGCUAAAUAUCAGUCAUCUUUCACGGGUCACCAUCUUCAAUCCAAUAAACAGUGGAAAUAACAGGAGCAUUGUGGUUAAAACUGCGUUACGUUACCCUUCAUCGGUACUCUUUGAGUGAGCUAAAGUCUGCAUGGUUACAUAGAACUUGAGGCUACAGACGUCCGCAUAGAGUCGCACACUCGGGCUCUGAUGACGUGAUUUACGUCACUCUGAGAUUCUUGUGCGCUCACACACACACAAACUGUAACACGGGCCUAAAAGCUUGGUGGCACACACACACUAAGCGCUGCUCGUUAGUUUUGUCCUGUGGGUAGUCUGGUUAGGAGUGUGACCUGGAAACUGUUCCCUUGAAUAAGUGCAAGUCCUUACUUGUACAUGAAUUAGCACUAAGUCCUUGCUUGUUUGUUUCCAAGCAACUGCUUCCACAAGAACCUUUUGGACUGCUGUUGAGGAGAAUGAACCAUCUCCGCAGGAACCUUUUGAUCUGCUGUUGAACAGACUGAACUAGCCCAUUGGAACCUUUUGGGCUGAGCCAGCUCCACAGGAACAUUUUGGACUGAGUUAGCUGCACCAGAGAAGGGAGGAAGGCCAUCUCUCCUUCACACUUCACAGCCAAUCACAGGAGGUCCUCACCACCCCUAGCCAAUCACUUAGGUUAUCCUUAGUCCCGCCCCACCCCGGGGCCUGUCAGACACAAACUGGGUUUGCGAUGCCACAACAAAACAAAGACAUUUUAGCUGGAGUCAAACUUUUUUUAAAACUUUAUUUAUUGAAAAUGUCACACAUUUUCUGGCGCUGUACAGUUGUGUUGUAUAAUUAUAGCUCCAAAAGAAACCUUUAUGGGACAUGUGAGGAAUCUAUCGUUUUAAUACAUUUUUUUGUCAUUUUGUUUGUUUGUUUUGUAUUGCUAAAUUACACUGAGAGAAAAAGUAAAAAUGUCAAAAGCAGAAAACACAUAAAUGGUGUAUGUGUUACGUUUUUCAGUGUUUUUUUGUGGCCUGGGUGAUUACAUAACUACUUUGUUUUUUUUAUGAAAUCAAAGAUUAAAAAUCUGAUUAA